AUAUCUGGUCGAAAAAUUCUAUCCGCAAUUUCUUCAAACUUAUAAUGACUUGCCACGCGAGAUUUAUCGCGCCGACAUGGCAAGAAACAUGUACAUGCAUGCGUUCGGAGGAGUCUAUGCUGAUCUAGACUUGGUUCCUCUUCAACCGCUCACCAAGCACAUCCCCAUGCUCGCUGACGCGUCACACUCUCCUAUGAAACUCGCGUUCGUGGGCCACAUGAGUGACGAUAAUUUCCAGCACUCUAUUCCCAACGCUUUUAUGGCAUCCACGACACCCGGACACCCGUUCUGGCUCAAGCCUCUCGAGUUUAUCCAAGAGCACAUUUCAUCUCGCGCUUAUAACGCGCAUCCGGAAGAGCUGACGGGCCCCGUUGCUUUGAGGUCGUGUGUCAAAGAAUGGGAGAAGGACAGUCUACAGAGAUAUGCGGAUGGUGUUUUUGAUCGAGUAGAGGUUCUUGAGAACGGCAAGGUAUGCGAGUCCUUCUUUUCUCCCGAGCCUUCUGACGUCUUUGCUUUAGAUAUAUCCAUUCAGCUGGUGGGAUUCACCGUUCCAGCAUCAA